AUGUGUAUCAACAAGGCCCUGGUGAAGAUGUGUAUCCACAAGGCCCCGGUGAAGAUGUGUGACUACGAGGCCCCGUCGGAGCUCCUCCCUCCCCCCCGGCCUGCGAACAACAUGGAGAUAGAUGACCCGCACUACGAAGGCUCUCUGUUCCCCACCUCCACCCUCAUCCCUGUUACCGUCAUCUGUAUCCUCCUCUUCCUGGUCGGCGUGUUGGGAAACAGCAUGACCAUCCUCAUCAUCCAGCGCUUCAAGGAUAUGAAGACCACCACUAACCUGUACCUGUCCUCAAUGGCUGUGUCCGACCUCCUCAUCUUCCUCUGCCUGCCCUUUGACCUCUACCGUCUGUGGAAGUACGUCCCCUGGUUGUUUGGGGAGGUGGUGUGCCGUCUGUUUCACUACGUCAACGAGGGCUGUACGUACGCCACCAUCCUCCACAUCACCGCCCUCAGCAUGGAGCGAUACCUGGCCAUCUGUUUCCCCCUCAGAGCUAAAGUUGUGGUGACCAAACGCAGGGUGCAGUACAUCAUUAUGGCUCUAUGGACGUUUGCUCUGCUCUCUGCUGCCCCCAUGCUGUUUCUGGUAGGUGUGGAGUAUGACAACGACACACACCCGGAUUACAGUACGAGACAGUGUAAACAUACCAACUAUGCCAUCAGGUCAGGGCAGCUGCACACAAUGAUCUGGGUCUCCACUACGUAUUUCUUCUGUCCCAUGUUCUGCCUGGUUUUCCUGUACGGCUCCAUUGGACGGACGCUGUGGAAGAGUGAGAACGACCUGCAGGGUCCCAACGCCAUGGCCCGGAAGAGGUCGCAUAGACAGACCAUCAAAAUACUGGUGAUGGUGGUCCUGGCGUUUGUGAUCUGUUGGCUACCCUAUCAUAUCGGCCGUAGCCUGUUUGCCCAGGUGGAUGACUACGAGGAGGCAAAACUGAGCCAGGACUUCAACAUAGGCUCCAUGGUCCUCUGUUACCUCAGCGCCUCCAUCAACCCUGUCCUCUACAACCUCAUGUCCAGGAAGUACCGCACCGCCGCACGCCGCCUCUUCCUGCUUAGACACGAGCCCCACCCCCGACGCUAUGGUAACAACAACCAUCGAACAACCGGACAGAGACAACAGCUGUCCCUCAGAGAAGAAACCACCACACUGGACGAUACAAUGAUCGGAGUGUAG